UGUUGCUGAAGAAGUGAAGAAGAAAUUUGUAUUAAUUUUUUACUUUAAAAAAGUGUUCCCUACUAGUACAUACAGAGAGAAAAAACUAGUUUUAGUUUUUUUCUCUCUGGUACAAAUUGGUGCGAAAACCGUUCCAGACAUUUUUAGAUUUUGCUUUCUCUGAGAGCAUUCAUCCCUACUCCUCAAAUUUGACAUUUGACCAACUUUUAGUGCGAGAAAUGUCUGGAACACAGCUAUUGUAUACAAAUACAAUAUUUUCAUCAAAAAAUAGCCAUUCAAUAAGUUUAUUAAAUUUCAACUUUAUCUAAUAAACCGAUUUAUGUGGUUAGUAACAAGACACCAUGUCAAUUGAAGUAGCAAAAAUAUGUCGAACUUGUCUAGGAUUAGACGGAAAUUUACUUUCCAUAUAUGAUAGCCAAGGGUCCAUGGGCAGCGGAUGUGUGGCUGAUAUGUUGAGAGACAUAAUGAAAGUCGAAGCUAAAAUUACAGAUGGUCUGCCAGAAAAAGUGUGUCUUAUGUGCAUCAGCGAAAUAAAUCGAUGUUUUUCCUUUAAAAUAAAAUGUGAGAACUCUGAUAGAACUUUAAGACAACUUCUCAAUAUUCCUAAAGAUCCAUUAAUAACGCAGAAAGUCCUCUCAUCAAAUUCAAGUCCGUCUGAAAUUAUUGAGUCAAAACCUGCAUCUAAAGUAUUUGAAGAAAAUAAAGACGAAAUACAGAACAGAGUUUCGGAAGAAAAUGAAAAUGUAAAGGGGUUAUACCCCUCCCUAGUGAUUGAAAGCAAUGUAAUUCAAUCUGGUCAGAUUAAAGAUGUAGAAUCUGCCUUCUCCCCUUUUCAAACAGAGAACAACGAAAUAAUAAAUGAUAAAGAUAAAAACGGAGACAUUUUAGAUGAUGACCAAAAUUCCAACGACUACAGCAUCAUUUUUACAAAAUUCGUCCAUGAAACUCAAUAUGAGGAAGCACAUUUGAUAAAUCAUGACGAUGCUAUUGCUAAAAAGUCUGCGCCUACUUUCAUGCUCGAAUGUUCGUCAAAGGAAACAAAGUGUUCGAUGUGCCCAAUGUCUUUUGUUCAUUCCAGAAAUCUUAAAAAGCAUGUAAUCAAAGUACAUAGUUGCAACGAGUUAACAUCUACUGAACCACCCGUGCACGAAGAAGUUCUCCAAUGUUGCCAAGAGGAAAUCAACAACAGCGAUGAAGAAGAAUACGAACUGAAUUUGAUUGAAGAAAUCGGAGAGAGCAUUGUUAAACAGAAAUCUCAACUUAUUAGCCAGAAUGUACAACCACAUGGAACAGAAUUACGUUGUCCACGCUGCGGAGCACUCUUUGCAGUGCAGGCUUCUUUGAAUAUACACAUUAAAUUAAAUAAAUGCACAAAACCGCAGUUCACCUGUGGAGAUUGUAUGAAGGUCUUUAUAUCAAUGACUACUUUAAAGGAACAUAUGAAAGCACACAAGCCUUUUUGUGAGACUUGCGGUGAAAAUUUGGACAGUAAACUCGAAUUAGACAAACACCGUGAAGAACAUGAAUGUAUCAAUCGAAAGCACCAAUGUCCUAAUUGCAGAAAAGUAUUCACUAUGCGUUCAACUCUUAAGGACCACAUGCGUAUUCAUACCGGGGAAAAGCCAUUUGUAUGUGAUCUGUGCGGUAAAGCCUUCAGCCAAAAUGCAAAUCUCAAGCAACAUGUUAUGCGUCACAACAAAACGAAGCCUUUUAGAUGUGAGAAGUGCCAUCAAACAUUUGUAAGCAAAGGAGAACUUUAUGCCCACCUUCGAAGUCACAACGGUGAUCAACCAUUUCGAUGCGACACGUGUUCAUCAGCUUUUACAACUUCUAGUUCUUUGGUUAAACAUAAACGAAUUCACACUGGCGAGAGGCCAUACUCUUGUGACUUCUGUCCAAUGCGCUUUACUGCUUUGAAUACUCUUAAAAAUCAUCGACGUACUCAUACAGGUGAGAAGCCUUACAGUUGUAAGUUUUGUUCGCGAGCAUUUGCCCAAAAAAGCGAUUGUAGCAUCCAUAUGCGAACGCACACAGGAGAACGCCGGCAUACUUGUAAUAUCUGUACAAUGAAGUUCCAGCAGUUGGGCACCUUACGAUCACAUAUGAAAACUCAUAAAUACAAAGCUAUUCAAAAACCACAAGAAGUUGAAAAACAAAAACAACAACUAUCACCCGUGUUAGACAUAUUUCAUAUGGCAGAUGAUGAAGUAGUUUUAGGAAAGCAUGAUCGACAACAUGUGAAAACAAAUAAAACCGCUGUUGAUUCUGAGGAACAUAUGGAAGCAAAUCAGCUUAUUCAUUUCAACAUUGACUGUGCUAGUGGGAGUAGUAUCUUUAGAGCAGAAUAAUCAAUUCAAAAAUAACAACUCCAACUAUACAAGUUUGUGGUAAAUUGUACUAUAAAAACAUUUUUUGAAUAAACUUACAAUAAAUAAUAGUUUUGCCUCAUAAACCUUACGGCACCUCAA